AUGACAUUUGGCUUGUGGAAGAAUCCAGGGUUAAACGUACAUAGGAAUGCAACUGCAAACUGUGUAUUUCUUCAGCAUAAUAAAGUAGCUUUAGAAGCAGCUAGUUGCCUUUUAAAAUAUCAUUUUGUGUGUAAAAGAAAUGAAGCUGAAGACAUGUUUCAGUUUUAUGCAGGCCACAUCAUAACACAAAGACAAAAUUUGUUGCCAAAAGUAUACUCUUCUCUCGAAUCUGCUGAAAAUGCAUGCCUGUAUGAGAAAACACACUGUACUGGAGUAGUCCGUUCACAGAAACAGUAUCAUUUAGUUAGUGGAACAGAGGUAUUUAGAAGCUCUAAUAAAGCUGACGCAUUAUAUCUUAAAACUGGCUGCCAGCCAGGUUACUAUGGCUCAGAUUGUCAAGCCACUUGCCAUCCAUGCACCAAUGGCUUUCCUUGCAGUGGUGUUACUGGACAUUGUGUAGGCACUGCCAGCGUUACUUGCAGUUUACACUCUCAGGAUCCACGGUGCUGUCCUAGCAAAGUUUCCAGGCAGUUGUGCCCCCAGAGGCCUCGAUGGCAUUAUUUUCUAAAGGCAUGUUACUAUGUGGAAGAUACUAAAACUAAAACUUGGACUGAGGCCAGAAGUGCAUGUCAGGGCUUUAAGGAGACAGAUCUCGCUAAAAUUACAAACAGUGCCGAAAAGGUUUGGAUACAGUUUAAAGGGGACAACAGCUGGAUAGGUUUGACCUAUAAAAAAGAAGACUUCAGAUAUGUGUGGGUUGAUGGCACAUCUGCUCGGUCUGAAAGAGCAUGGGUCAUGAAACGUAACAGGAGGCAUACGCUCACUAAAGAAGACUGUGUGGUUGCCUUCAAGCAAUACCUUUCCCCGGCAGAUUGUUCCUCUCUGAGAAAGUGGAUAUGCAAAAGAGAGGGAGAUGUCAACCUCUUUACAAUGCACAAGGGGAGAGCUUUGUACUCCCCUUACAUAUCAACGGCAAGUAUAUAUAACACCUUAAAGAAAGCUACAGAUACCUGCUCAGUGCUCCAGACCUGCACUGGGAUCGUGGCAAUGGGGGAGCACUACAUUCUGCAAAGUGGGAUGGAACUGUAUAACAGCAGGAACAGUAGCGUGAAAUCCUUUAUCAAGUCAGAUUGCAUCUCUGGAAGAUUUGGGCUUCUAUGUGAAUUUAAGUGUCCACUAUGCGAGCAGGGUAUGGCCUGCAAUCCAUACACAGGGCUGUGUGGUGACACUGUGUUUUGCAGUAAGGAGAAUAGUCCUAUCCCCUGUGGAAAAGGAAUGGCUGGUAUCUAAACUUCCCAAAGCAUCAUUCUGGACUGGCCUUUAUGGGUUUAGAUUCUGUACAGUUUUGCAGUGGUCGAACAGUCAAUUCCCAUUUGCAGCUUCAAGAUGGUUGUCUGUAAGCAAGUGGGCCAUAGGUGCUAAGUGCUGUGUGCAGCUUAAUGCUCCCAAAGGCUCUUUGACAGCUGUCAGCUGCUUUCGGAAAGCCCUGUGGAUUUGCAAGAGAAAAGAAGAAGGAAUUGUGGAUUUCCGGGAGUUCCAAGGCUAUUACCUGGCUGGCACGUACACGUCAGAUUCCACACAGCAGUCAUUAUGGGAAGCCCUACAGCUCUGUAGAUUUCAACGAAGCAUUUGCAAUGGAGUUGGGAUGAUCAAAGGAGAGUACAGAACUAUAUUUGCUACCCGAAUUCUACUCAUCAUUGGAGCCCUUGGAGAUGAAAGCACUGCA